UAUGCAAACAAAUCCUAUAUGUCCAUAGCCAGAAGCAUAAUAUUUAGAUAAUUAUGAAAAUUUUGAAGAAAUAACUAAAACAUUUAAAUGUCUUCAAAAAAUUUAUCAACCACUUGAACAAGGAGCAACUUACUUUUUGAUACGUGCUCCAACUAAAGAUAAUGUUCACCGUGCUAUUAAAUACGGCAUUUGGACUAGGUAGAUAUGCAAUAAAUUUGUUAGUUCGAGUCGUAAUAAUUAGAAAUUAAAUGAUGCAUCUCGCCCAGUUUAUCUAUUAUUUAAUGUUACUCAAACAUCACAUUUUAUUGGAUUGGCUAAAAUUGUCAGCAAUUUUAGAGAAAAUAUGCAUUUUAUGUAUUGGGCUGAGGAAAAUAAAUGGUUUGGGUCUUUUCAAAUUGAAUGGGUAAUAAUCUUAUAAACAAAAGGUUUUUGUAAGAGAUUUACCAUAUAAUGAAUUAAGUUCAAUUUAAUAAUCAAGUGGAAAAUGUAUUCAUGAAUUAAUUGAUUGUACUUAAAUUGAAAAUGGUGAUUUAAUCUAUUCUGCUUUCUCAAAAUAACCCUAAAAUAGCUGUAUGUUGAAGACUUUUAAGGAAUUAGAUAAUUCAGAAGUAUUUAUUAAUUACUAAUUUCAUAGAAAAGGAAGAGGAAUGAAAGAGAUUCCAAUCCAAAUUUUGCUAUUUUGUUUUAAGAAUAUAUUAGUGUCUUUGAAUCUAUGCCAUUUACUUUCUCUGUAGCUUCUUAUUAAAGAAGAAAAUAGUAAUAGUUUCAAAAUCAAUAUUAUUAAUAAUGUGCAUAUUAUUACUAAAGUCCUUGGUAUGGAGUUGGUAUAUUUUACUAUAAUUAUAGC